AUGGAGGAAUCCCCCAAGACACCGCUGAUUCCGGUUUCUGACUCCGGCCGCGGCAGCAAGAAGAGCCCCACCAUGACAAAGAAAGGAGCAUUUGCUGCCAUUUCUUACAUGGCAUGUGCUGUUCUGUUGGUAAUAUUCAAUAAAGCAGCAAUUUCUUCGUAUAAUUUUCCGUCGGCAAAUGUCAUCACACUUUUUCAGAUGCUUUUUUCAUGUUUGUUUCUCUAUGCAUUGAGAUGUUGGAAGAUUAUUUCUUUCACAUCCGAUGAAACACUCGGCUUGACCAAUCACCCGGCAAAACUUGUACCACUGAAGGCUAUAAUUCAUACCCUUCCUUUGACAAUUUCAUAUUUAUUUUACAUGGUUAUCUCUAUGGAAUCUAUCCGCGGGAUCAAUGUUCCCAUGUACACAGCCCUUAGACGGACAACUGUUGCUUUUACAAUGUUGGUGGAGUAUAUUUUGCUGGGACAGAAACAUUCAUCAUAUUUUGUUGGCAGUAUUGGGUUUUGCUUUCAGAAUGCUUACGAGGUAUCUAUCAGUGUAGGAGCAAUCGUAUUGGGCGCAUUCGUCGCUGGGGCUCGCGACUUGUCAUUCGACUAUUACAGUUAUUCUAUUGUAAUCAUUUCAAACAUUGCUAAUGCAAUAAAUCUCGCUUGCAUAGCUCAGAGUGGAAAAUCCAGUGGCCUUAAUAGCUUUGGCCUUAUGUGGUGCACUGGAAUAGUUUGCGGACCAAUCUUGCUAAUAUGGGCAUAUUUCAGAGGUGAACUGGAAUCGACCAUGAAUUUCCCAUACUUGUACUCACAUGGUUUCCAGGCUGUGAUGCUUUUGUCAUGUGUCGUGGCUUUCUUAUUGAACUACACCGUAUUUUUGAACACGACCGUCAAUUCAGCACUUACACAAUCAAUAUGUGGAAACCUGAAGGACCUGUUUACAAUUGGUUUUGGCUGGCUACUCUUCGGUGGACUUCCUUUUGAUUUGUUAAACAUUGUGGGUCAAUCUCUCGGUUUCUUGGGAUCCGGCCUAUGCGCAUAUUGUAAACUUAAAGGGAAGUAG